AGUGAAAUUAGAUGUCAGUUUUGAGACGGAGUUUACUAUGGUUUAACUGAAAUCUUUAAAUUGUCAUCGGAGAGAGAGAGAGAGAGAGGCAGAGGGAGAGAGAUAUCUCAGUUCUCAUUGCCAUGCAAACUUAGCUCUGUAUUACUCUGCUUCUCUCAAAACACCCGCAUUAACCAGUCUUAACUUAAUCACUACAGUGUACACCAACCCAACUUCGAUUUCAUCGAGUGUUUCUCUCUUUUUGCCUUUUUGGGUGUCCAGGUUUUUGGCUUCUGAGUGUAAUCUUGAAGAAAAACAGAGAGGGAGCUUUUUGCCUUUUUGGAUUUUCAGGUUUUUUGGCUUCUGAUAUUAAGCUUGAAGAAGAAACAGGAGAGAGAGAGAGAGAGAGAGAGAGAGUAGCAGGUGAAUGAACAGGAGGGACCUACUGCUUGAUUUUUGGCUGGCAGCAACAGUCACUGUCAAUGAUUUUUCUUCUUUGGGUGGUGUUGGUGAUUUCUUUCAAUAUCUAAUCACUAAUAACACUCACACUCCUGCAAUAUUGUUUAGGGGGAGAUCUUGGUGAUCAAGAUCCCUUCCCAAUCUUUACCAAGCUUCUUCCUUCCUUAUUUUUAGGGAAUUUGUUGGUGGCCGUUUUACCCUUUCAAGGAAGGUGAAAAUUAAGCUACUUUCUUUUGGUGCCUGGCCUGCAAAGGAAAACAUCAGAUUUCAGUCAUAUGAGGAGAUCUUUUACUCUAGUGGGUGUGCUUCUGGUGCUUGCACUGUUCAGUAACGUUCCAUGGCUAAUCACGGGCAGUUCACAUUGCAAACGGACUCAUUCUGCAGCUAUUCGGCCUCACAGUGUCACUAUUACUGAAUUUGGUGCAGUUGGAGAUGGGGUUACUCUAAACACCAAAGCGUUCCAGAAUGCUAUUUUCUAUCUCAAUUCAUUUGUUGAUAAGGGAGGUGCCGAGCUUUUUGUCCCAGCUGGCAAGUGGUUGACAGGCAGCUUUGAUCUCAUCAGUCAUCUAACAUUGUGGUUAGAUAAAGAUGCAGUGAUUCUUGGAUCAACUAACCCUGAUGAUUGGCCAGUUGUUGAUCCUCUACCAUCCUAUGGCCAAGGGAGGGAGUUGCCCGGUGGGAGGCAUCGAAGCCUCAUUUAUGGCCGCAAUUUGACAGAUGUUGUUAUCACAGGUGAUAAUGGAACUAUUGAUGGUCAAGGCACCAUCUGGUGGAAUUGGUUCCUAACCAAAACCUUGACUCAUACCCGGCCGCAUCUGGUUGAGUUAAUGAACUCAUCUGGGAUAGUUAUCUCAAACCUGACCUUCAUAAACUCACCAUUCUGGACAAUCCACCCUGUUUACUGCAGCCAUGUUAUUGUCCAAAAUGUUACUAUCCGUGCUCCUCUUGAGUCACCGAACACAGAUGGGAUUGAUCCAGAUUCUUCUGAUAAUGUUUGCAUCGAGGACUGUUACAUUAGUACUGGGGAUGAUCUAAUUGCCAUCAAAAGUGGGUGGGACGAGUAUGGCAUAUCGUAUGGUCGUCCUUGCAGAAACAUUACUAUUCACCGGCUUGUUGGACAAACUCGAACAAGUGCAGGGAUUGCAAUUGGAAGUGAGAUGUCUGGAGGCGUAUCAGAAGUUCAUGCUGAAAAUAUCCAAUUUUAUAAUUCAAAUACUGGCAUUAGGAUAAAGACUUCUCCGGGAAGGGGUGGCUAUGUGAGAAACAUCCAUAUAUCAAAUGUAAGGUUGACUGAUGUGAAAAUAGCUAUAAGGUUCACUGGUCUUUAUGGGGAACAUCCAGAUGGACAUUAUGACCCAGAAGCACUUCCAAUAAUAGAACGGAUAACCAUUGAGAAUGUCACAGGAGAUGACAUUGAGUAUGCUGGCAUUCUAGAGGGUAUUGAAGCAGACACUUUUCUCGACAUCUGCCUAUUGAACGUUACCCUCAAUGUGACGUCCAACUCUCCCUGGAACUGUUCAUAUAUCCAAGGAUAUUCUGACUCAGUUUCCCCAGAAACUUGUGAGUCUCUCAGGGAGAGUAUCUCCCCUCAUCAUCACUCUGAUUGUUACCAUCUAUCAAGUCAUUUGUUGAAUUCAAGUAAUCAAAACAGAGGUUCUCGUUUGCUGUCUUGGUAAAUUUAUGGAAGUUUAAUAAUUAGCUCAGUCUCUGAAUGGUCA